UCGGUGACUUGAUCCCAACGACAUCUCUCUCUCUCUCUCUCCGAGCAAAAGUACCAAAGCCCUCCUCAUCUGCAGACUGCAGCCAAAAAAAAAGAAAAAAGAAUCCCCUUGAAAAGCUCUCCGUUUCUGCUUGUCGUCCCUCUCCUUGGAUCCGGAACUCACUUGUCAGAUUAACAAAGAAAAUCAAAGCACAACACAACUAUGGGUCAAGGAACCCCUGGUGGCCUCAACCGUCCAGGCUUGCCAGGUGAUCGGAAGCCCGAUGGAGGCGAUAAGAAGGAGAAGAAGUUCGAGCCUGCGGCUCCUCCAGCCCGGGUCGGCCGCAAGCAGCGCAAGCAAAAGGGCCCCGAAGCUGCGGCUCGGCUUCCCACGGUGACCCCUUUGACGAAAUGCAAGCUCAGGCUUUUGAAGCUUGAGCGAAUCAAAGAUUAUCUUCUCAUGGAGGAAGAGUUCGUCAGCAAUCAAGAGCGCUUGAAGCCUCAGGAGGAGAAGGCUGAGGAAGAUAGAUCCAAGGUCGAUGAUCUCCGAGGCUCCCCCAUGAGUGUUGGAAAUCUCGAGGAGCUCAUUGACGAGAAUCACGCCAUUGUAUCGUCCUCGGUUGGGCCUGAGUACUACGUCGGGAUUUUGUCCUUCGUCGAUAAGGACCAAUUAGAGCCUGGUUGUGCGAUUCUGAUGCACAAUAAAGUUCUCUCCGUUGUUGGGCUGCUUCAAGAUGAAGUUGAUCCGAUGGUGUCUGUGAUGAAAGUUGAGAAAGCUCCACUGGAAUCGUAUGCUGACAUAGGUGGAUUAGAUGCCCAGAUACAGGAGAUAAAAGAAGCUGUUGAGCUUCCGCUCACUCAUCCUGAACUGUAUGAAGACAUUGGGAUAAAGCCCCCAAAGGGUGUCAUACUGUAUGGAGAACCAGGGACUGGCAAGACUUUGCUAGCAAAGGCAGUUGCAAAUUCUACAUCAGCAACUUUCUUGCGUGUUGUUGGUAGUGAGUUGAUUCAAAAGUACUUGGGAGAUGGCCCAAAAUUAGUUAGGGAGCUCUUUAGAGUUGCUGAUGAUCUAUCUCCUUCGAUUGUAUUUAUCGAUGAAAUCGAUGCAGUUGGUACCAAGAGAUAUGAUGCCCAUUCAGGGGGGGAACGUGAAAUACAAAGGACCAUGUUGGAGCUCCUUAACCAGCUAGACGGCUUUGAUUCGAGAGGAGACGUCAAAGUCAUCCUCGCAACAAAUAGGAUUGAAAGUCUUGAUCCAGCUUUGCUUCGGCCUGGUCGAAUAGAUAGGAAAAUUGAAUUCCCUCUUCCUGAUAUCAAAACAAGGAGGCGCAUAUUCCAGAUACAUACAUCAAGGAUGACAUUGGCAGAUGAUGUCAACUUGGAAGAAUUUGUCAUGACCAAGGAUGAGUUUUCUGGAGCUGAUAUAAAGGCCAUAUGCACAGAAGCCGGCUUACUCGCUUUAAGAGAGCGCCGUAUGAAGGUGACACAUGUGGAUUUCAAGAAGGCAAAGGAGAAGGUGAUGUUCAAGAAAAAGGAAGGCGUACCAGAAGGGCUUUAUAUGUGAAAUCCCAACAUGCUUAUGUUUGUACUUUGGAAUUCGUUUGACGUCUCUGUGACAAGUCAAACAUAUUUUUUUUUUCCGAUCAAAGUGAGGAAAUAUUUUUCUCGUCACAAAAAGGAGAAUUUUAUGGUUUAAUAUAACUUAGUAACUUACCUUGCGGCAUGACGAAGAUAUGAUGGUUAAAAUUUGUGUUUU